CCUUGCUUGGGACCUGGUGCGCGCUUGUGGUCACCGAUAUGCCUGCCGGAGUGUCGUGGGCUCAGUAUUCGAAAUUCUUCGUCGCCGCCAUGCUCUCCAUGCUCGCCGGCUCCCAAGUGGUCCACAUGUACUACCGGCCGCUGGACGACCUGGACGUGUACAUACAAAAGGAACUGGAGAGCGUGGAGGGGGAGGCAAAGAAGGGUGGCGCGAAAUUGACCGAUGACAGCUGAUAUUUGCGAACUUUUACAUUUAAGAGUAGAAUUAAAAUCAUUUUGUUGGUAGAAAGUAGGAUUCGCAUAAAAUAAAAUGUUAAUAUCGAGUUGAA